AUGGAACACAGAAGAAACUCGGAAGAACUUUUUGGCUAUAUGAGAGGAAACAAUUCAACAUGGUUACCUAGGCGAUAUCUUGUUGCUCUUUUAUCAUUUUUUGGAUUUGCCAAUAUCUAUGCCAUGCGAGUCAAUUUGAGUGUAGCAAUAGUUGUCAUGGCCCAAAACAGAACUAUAAUUUUACCUAAUGGCACAAAAACUUAUCAGCCACCUGAGUUUGAUUGGGGGAAUGGUGUGGAAGGUGUGAUUUUGAGUUCUUUCUUUUAUGGAUACAUAUUAACUCAAGUGAUUGGAGGAUGGUUAGCUUGCAAAUAUGGUGGAAAGAAUCUGUUUGGCUUAGGCGUAGGAGUGACAGCUUUGUUCACAGUCUUGACACCUUUCUUGGCCAGAACUAGUGUUUAUUUGCUUGUGAUUGGCCGGGUUAUAGAAGGCCUUUUUGAGGGAGUCACAUUUCCUGCUAUGUAUGGUGUCUGGUCAAAGUGGUCUCCACCUGAAGAGAGAAGUCGCUUAGUUGCAAUAUCUUAUUCUGGCUGCUAUUUCGGAACAGUUGCUGCAUUACCUCUGUGCGGAGCACUUGCUGAAAGGCUAGGAUGGCCAUCAAUAUUUUAUGUUUUUGGUAUAAUUGGUUCUAUAUGGACAGCAGUAUGGUUAAUUGUCAUCAGUGAAACUCCUAAUGGAGAUAAGUACAUAUCAGAAGCUGAAAAAGAAUAUAUUGAAGAUUCUUUAGGAACAGCAGUCAAAGUUAGACUAAAUGUACCUUGGAAGGAUAUUUUGAAAUCAUUUUCGGUUUGGGCGAUAGUUAUAGCACAUUUUUCUGAAAAUUGGGGUUUUUACACUCUAUUGACUGAGCUUCCAUCUUAUAUGAAUGAUGUGUUCGAGUUUGACUUCCAUAGUGCUGGUCUCUUAGCAGCUUUACCAUAUCUUGCUAUGGGAAUCAUUGUGCAAACCAGUGGAUUUAUGGCAGAUUGGUUCAGAACAACUGGUCAUCUCACAACAACUCAGGUAAGAAAAUUAUUUACAUGUACGGGUUUUGCUACUAGAGCAAUUUUUUUGCUGGCUGCUGCACACUCUGAGACACCUCUUUCCAUUGUCGCAUCCCUAACUGUCGCUGUUGGAUUCGGCGGGCUAGCGUAUGGUGGAUUUAGUGUGAAUCACUUAGAUAUUGCACCACAAUAUGCAAGUGUUUUAAUGGGAAUAUCAAACACGUUUGCUACACUUCCUGGAAUAUUGAGUCCUAUGCUGACGAGUUAUAUCGUUCAACACAAGACAUCCUUGGAAUGGCAAACCAUCUUCCACAUAUCUGCAGCUGUUUACGUCGUGGGUUCCAUAAUUUAUUCAUUGAUGGCUUCUGGUAAAGCUCAGGCUUGGGCAUUUGUUGGACAGGAACAAGUCUUCUUCUCAGAUAACGAACAUUCACAGACUUCAACUGAGGAUCUCAUAGCAGUUCCUUCUCCCAGGGAAACUAUAUUGCAAAGACAGCCUAAUGUUUUUGAUUUGGCAACACAUCAAUCAAUCGUGCCAAUGAAUGUGAUAGACUAG